AUGACCCAGAUCAUGUUCGAGACCUUCAACACCCCCGCCAUGUACGUCGCUAUCCAGGCUGUGCUCUCCCUGUACGCCUCCGGACGUACCACUGGUGUCGUUUUGGACUCGGGAGAUGGUGUCACCCACACUGUACCCAUCUAUGAGGUCAGUCUUGAACCUGCAUUAGUGUGUUUUCCGCUGUCAAGGGUAAAUGUUUGGAUGUGUGAUUUUAGGGAUAUGCUCUUCCCCACGCUAUUCCUCCGUCUUGACCUUGCCGGACGUGAUCUUACUGACUACUUGAUGAAGAUCCUCACCGAGCGUGGUUACUCGUUCACCACGACCGCCGAACGUGAAAUCGUGCGUGACAUCAAGGAGAAGCUGUGUUACGUUGCUCUCGACUUCGAACAGGAAAUGGCCACUGCUGCUUCAUCCUCUUCCUCUCGAGAAGUCUUACGAGCUUCCUGA